UAAUUGAUAAACUGUGUUUAAUAACGACGUUCAGAUAAUUAUAGUCAAAACGGCGUUAACUAAUUUUGUGUGGCAAGAAAGCGACACCAAAAAGUACGGACCAACGACAGACAAAGCUACGCUACGGUCGUCAAUGGCAAAGUGCGCUGUGAACGGCCAAUGCAGAAUUGUCAUACGCGAGUUUUUUUUCGCGUUUCAGUUUAGGUUUUAGUUACCUGCGCGCAACAACCCCGUCGCUUUGGCCGUCGUGCUUGCGUCCUCCGUUUCCUCAAAAAUCAAACUCAACAAAUUCAAAACGCUGCACUUAAAUGCUUGCAUUUUGAAUUUAAAUGCUUUUGCUGAUAGUUUUAAUUUGCCCGAGCUCAUUGUGUGUAAAUACAUAAGCGAAAGCAGCGCAAACAGCUCGCAAUACCCGCGUAUUUCUUUUGUGAGGAACGCGCGUCUUUUUUUUUUCAUCUGUACUGUUGGGUUGCUCGGACAGCCGCGGACAGCAUUUAAGUUGUUCCUCGGCUUGGCCGCAAUAAUUCUUUGACACGCCAACGUAUUAUAAUAAUAAAAGGCAUCACGCUGGAGAAACAAAAUAAACGCGCUCAGCUCAUACGAGACAAAAUGGUGUUGGCCGAGCGCAACACCGGCGACGUCGUCCGCAAUGGCCGACGCUCACGUGGACCCAGCCCCAAUACGCAUACAAGCGGCGCUGGCGGCGGCGGAGGCGCUGCCAAUGCUCACAACGCUGGCAGCGGAAUUGGUGGAGGAGGAGGCGGGGGAGGAGGUGGAGGGAAUUCCACAAAUGCCACAGUAAAUGAGAAGGCCAAUGCCGCACCGGGUGCGGGCACACCGGAGAGUUCAGACGAUGACAAUUCAACAAAACGCAAUGGCAAAUCCAAAACCAAGCAGUCGGAAUACGAAGAGAAAAUACGCGUUGGACGCGACUAUCAAGCGGUGUGUCCACAGCUGGUGCCGGAACUGGAUCGUCGUCCGGAGUUGAUGAAUGAACGCGCCUUGUUGGUCUGGUCCCCCACCAAGGAAAUUCCCGAUAUGAAGCUUGAGGAAUACAUUUCGGUGGCCAAGGAAAAGUACGGCUAUAAUGGUGAACAGGCAUUGGGCAUGCUAUUCUGGCAUAAACACGAUCUCGAGCGUGCUGUCAUGGACUUGGCCAACUUUACACCGUUCCCCGAUGAAUGGACCACCGAGGAUAAGGUGCUCUUCGAGCAGGCAUUUCAAUUUCAUGGCAAAAGUUUCCAUCGCAUCCGUCAAAUGUUGCCGGAUAAAUCGAUAGCCAGUUUGGUUAAAUACUAUUAUUCGUGGAAGAAAACUCGACAUCGCAGCAGCGCCAUGGAUCGUCAGGAAAAGAUGAUAAAGGCCGCUGUCAAGGAUGGUUCCGAGAAUGGCAGCGAAGUGGGCAGCAAUGAGGAAUCUGAUAACGAUGACAAGAGGGCGAACAACAACAAUUCCACCAUGAACAACAACAACAAUAGCAACAAUAGCAAUAGCAACACUAGCAACAGCAGCAGUCACAAUGCUGGCACACAAACAACAACACAACAAGCAAGCAAUGGAAACAACAACAACAACAGUAACAGUAAUUCAACUGGCGACACUGGCAACAAUGGCGGCGGCGGCAGCAGCAGCAGUGGCGUUGGCAGCGGCAGUGGCAGCGGCGUCGGCAGCAGCAGUAAUAAUAGCAACAGCAACAACAACAACGAUCUGGACUCGGAUCAACUCUGCAUCUAUACAAAUGCCAUUGGCGAAGAUAUGCUCGGCUUUGGGCUGCCAGGCUUUGGUCUGUCAAUCGAUAAUGGCGCCGAUAGCGCCGAUAUCGAUAAGAGCAAUGGCAACACAGCAGCAGGAGCAGCAGCAACAGGAACAGGUGGCAACGCCCGGCGCGUCGUUGUUGGCGGUUUUUGCAAAAAUUGCAAUGUUGUCUGCUACAUUUUAUUCGAUUCGCCGUUGGGGCGCAUGUGUAAAAGUUGUCACGCACACUGGAGACGCACCGGCAAUCGCCGUCCCAUCUCCGGCCCGGAGAGCUUUCAACUCACAAAACGUUCCACACACAAUAACGCUGCUGCCGCGGCGGCAGAUCGCUCCAAGCGCAAACCGCCACGCGGCAUGUACAUCAAUCACGAUGAUCUCAUCUCCUUGGCCGGCUGUAAAAAUCCAUGUGAAUAUUUGGCCGAAGGCGAUCGUAAAAUUGCCGCCCUACUGGCAGAUAUACAAAAGAAUAGGCAAAUGAUGGAGCAGCUGGAGAAGGAUUGCAGCGGUCACGUCCAGGAAGAGAGCGCACCCAAAGCAACAACCCCAACUGAAGGAGCAGCAGCAACAGCGGCAGCUGCAACUGGAGCUGGAACUGGAAGUGGCAAUGGAACAGCAGCUGGAACUGGAAAUGGAGCAGCUGGAGCUGGAACUGCAACUGCAACGGCAGCUGGAGGAGCAGCAGCAGUGACUCCUCCCGCCCAGCCACCUCGCACCACAGCACGUUGGACAGCUGAUGAGAUUCAAGUGGCAUUGCUGGCGUUGCGGGACUACGGCAAAAACUUUCCGAUGAUUGCCAAGGUGGUUGGCACGAAGACGGAGGCGCAUGUGCGCACAUUUUAUGUGAGCAAUCGACGUCGUUUCAAUCUGGAUCAGAUUGUGAAGGAGUACGAGGCGACGGUCAAGGCGGAUGAGGAGGAGAACAAUGAUGCAGCAGCGGCAACAGCAGCGGCAGCAGCUGCAGCAACUGGCAACAGUGUUGGAGAUGUCACUGCGGGAUCAGGAUCAGGAUCGGGAUCUGGAUCGGUUAAAGCAGCCGCUAAUGAUGCCAGUGAGGUUAACAGCCAAGAGUUGCUGGCCAAAAAGGAGGAAACAGCCAGCACAACAACCACAAUCACCACCUCGACCAAGAAGAAGCCUGAACUGAUGAAUGCAACAGUUGCUCCAACUGCUUUAAAGAGCAGCGAUAGUGGAGCCGGAGCAACAACUGGAGCAGGUACAGCUGCUUCGGUUCCAUCUGCUCCAACUGCUGCAGCUGCUGCUGCCAACAACAACAACAGCAACAACAAAUCAAUUGCACCCACCAUAACCAUUGUGGAUGAGUCGGACACGGCGACCAGUUCCAGCAGCGAUGUGACCAACAGCAACAGCAACAGCAACACUGCACUGACAGCAACAACAGCAACAACAGCAUCAACAACAGCAACGGCAACGGCAGCAGCAACAAGUGGCAACUCGGUCUCAUCGCUGUCGGGUUUGAGCAGCAGCAACAGCAGCAGCCAACUUGCCAAAUCAUCAACCACAUCAGCAUCCACAACAUCAUCAUCAUCCACAACAUCAUCAGCCACAGCAACAACAACAACUGCGACCAACAACCACCACAACGAUGCCGACAGCAUGGAAUCCACAUCCCUCAAAUCCACAAAUCACGCCGUUGCUAAACGUGACAAUUCCGAUAUGAACACUGCCGAAUUGCCGCCUGCCAAAAAAAUGGCGUUGACUGUCAGCGCCGAGUUCCUUGCCAAGUGAGAGGCGUGUCCAGGAUCCAAAUGCAUAAGUAAUCCGACUGGUCUGAGGCCUGGCUGAUCACAGGCGUUAUAUAGACAACACAACAUAUAUAUAUAUAUAUAAAUUGAUAUAUAUAUAUAUGUAUUUAUAUAUAUAUUGCUAAAGGAAUCGUUGUAUCGUUAGCUGUUAGCAGUUGUGGUUGUGGCGUGUGUUUCACUUUUCUUAUUGUCUAGUUCUCUUAGCUAUAUUAUACUCUACAACACUUGCUUUUAA